AUGUCUCCCGGUGGUGCCAAACGGAAGCUCGACGUACGGUUCUUUCUAUGGGGUUUGUUUCUGCUGCAAAUCUCACUGAUCUGUCUGUUUCUGCUGUUCGGUUCGCUGCUCGUGUCGACCGCAAUCGAUACGGAGGAUGCUACCGAUGGCCGCGCACAAACAGCUGAGUUCCGACAGCAGGAACAGCAGCAGCCGUUGGAAGGUAAUGUACACCACCGGAUCGCUACACCGUCGAUUGGCGGCGUCUGGUCCCCGUUUGGUGUUCGGUUCAUCGCUAAUCGAACGGUGGGAUUGGCAACGGAUGGCCCACGCCACCCUGAUGGGAUCGCACUCUCCAACGACGUUGCACUUGGUGUAGAAAACGAUGGUGGUAAUCAGCUGUUGAAGAACAAACUGCUACAUCCGAGACAUCCCAAAUAUCAUCCAUGGAUUCAGCGCGACAUACCAAAGGCGGAAAGUGCAGAGAAAUAUUUUAGAACGAUUUCCUACACCGACUGGCAGGGGAUCCGAAAACGACGGUUGUGCUUCGUUGAAGGUACGCAAGGGAAGGCGUUGGUGACUUCUAAGGCAACUAGCAAGGCCGGCAACAAUGAGACUGAACAGAUAGAUACAGGAAUAAGAAGGCCGGAAUCAGUGGCGGGUAGCACCGGUACAGAAACCAAAGCAAAUGAGCUUAGCAAAAACAGCCCACCGGCAACGGAUGAUGUGUUGUCCGCAGAUGAUGGCAGCGCAGUAACGGUAGGAGACGACGGUACGGGGCGAUGUCGCUGCAAUCCUCAAUGGCACGGUACGGACUGUGGGCAGCCGGAGGUGAUUUGGCGUGCAUUUAUCACGUCCAAAAUUCCACCCCGUGACCAGACGGCAAUACCACGCCGAUACGCCAGAAAUCUUUUCUACAUCGUCCAGAGUACCUUCAUCAGUGUGGAGGUGCUGGAAAUUCAGCUGAUGGAGCUAGCCGAUCAAGUGGCACUCUUCGUGCUGUGUGACCGACCCGUGGGGGUGCCUGGGUCGGCAUCGUACGGAGCAUCCAUCGCGCACCAUGCCGAUGGGACGGAUUUCUUGCGCACGAUACGGAACCGGUUGUUGAUCGUGUCUGAUGCGACAUGCAGUGGGAGAAAUAUGUUCCGAAAGCUGCUUAAAUACACCAAGAAAGGUGCAAUCCAUGCAGAUGAUAUUGUGCUAUUUAGUGGCACCGAUGAAAUACUGAACCGCAAAGCGGUGGCAUACCUCCGCUGGUACGAUAAUUGGCCACAGCCGGUGCGGUUCCGCCUGAAGCACAAUGUGUACGGAUUCUUUUGGCAGCAUCCCGGGAACAGUACGGUGAUCGGCAGUGCGGCCGUGCAGAUGAGCACACUGCGCGAGGUGUACGGUUCCGAUCCUGAUCGAUUGCUCGCAAUCGAAAAGCCGGUCAUGCUGAUUGGUGAUCUUAAUCACUUUGGUGGAUGGUACUGUCGGCGAUGCUACCAACCGGGUUCGAUCGUGCAGUACUACGAGCAUCGUGCUGCAUCUACAGGCGUAUCCGCGAAGGAUGCCCUAUACCUUCCAGACCCGAAGCGAACGAAGGUACUGAACGAGGAAUACGUUCAGCAGUUAAUUGCGACCGGUAAAGACCUGGAGGACGGUGAACGCUCCCUCGAACGGCUUAGCCGCCGAACGGACAAGUACUACCAGCCAGAGUACGUGCGGGAAAACAGCUGGAAGUUUGAUAAUAUCGUACUGAAUCUCUUUGCCCGCUGGGACGAUAACCUUGCGGACGAUGAUUACUUUAGCUAG